GUUUUAUCAUUUCGAAGAUAACAUUACCUUUAGAUACACGUGCCUUUUGUAGACACUUUAAUGUGUAUUUAUUAAUCUUGACUUUGAUGUGUUCAGUAACGUAAAAUAUUAAUACAGGAUAUCAAUCAACACCAAUCAAAGAAAACAGGAAAAAAUAAUGCGAUGGCAUGGAUGCGACCGACAUAUUAAGCGAGAAAUCAACACUAAUUUAAACUCAGUUUUGAAUAACAUCUUACAACAUGGACAAUGCUAGUAACUGGAACACAGAAGCUGAAAGUUACAGUACUUCUGGUUUAGAUGUGAUAUUUACUAUGGAUAUGGACAACAGCAGUCACGCACCAACGACACUCAAUACAUCAAUGUACAGUUUAUAUAACGGAAUGUAUAACAAUUCGUUUGGUGUAAAUAUGAUGAAUUACACUCGCGGAAACAAUUCAAUUCAAAAUACAUCAUUUGCUUCUCAAGAUGGUUUCCAGCAUAUCCCGAAAUUUGAUUUCCCGGUGAUGAUACUCAUCUGCGUGAUUCUGGCCGUGAUGAUCCUAGCAACGAUCAUUGGUAACGUGUUCGUUAUUGCUGCGAUAAUCCUGGAGCGAAGUCUACAAGGUGUCUCCAACUAUUUGAUCUUAUCCCUCGCCGUAACCGACCUCCUCGUUGCGGUCAGCGUCAUGCCUUUAAGCCUUGUCAAUGAAAUAAGUGUCCAUUGGUACCUCGGCAGUACCGUGUGCGAUUUCUGGAUUUCAAUAGACGUCUUGUGUUGCACGGCUUCCAUUUUACACUUGGUCGCUAUCUCGUUGGACCGAUUCUGGGGUGUGUCAAAUAUAGACUAUAUACGUCGAAGGUCGGCGAAACAAAUCCUUAAAAUGGUCGCGGUUGUAUGGUUUGUCGCAUUCACAAUUUCUAUACCGCCACUAUUCGGCUGGAAAGAGAAAUCAAAUAACCCGGAGAUAAACGGAGUUUGCGUUAUAAGCCAGAAUCUAGUGUAUACUGUGUUUUCCACAGUAGGCGCCUUUUACUGUCCGGUGGUUAUGAUGGUGUUUUUAAAUUUCAAGAUUUAUGUAGUAGCUCGGACGCGUAUACGCAAAAAGAACUUUGUAAAAAGCAAACCGAUACCAAGUCACGUGACUAACGCCGAUAUGAAGACAUACGCACGGACGUCGUCUUGUAGUGACGACGAAGGAUACACAAUGUGCAAUGGAUCAAUGGCGGUGACCACAGCCUUAAACGAGGAGAUGCAAUACUCAGACAGCAAUACCUUGACUGAUAAAAAUGAAGGAAACUAUCCCGGGUACUUGACGGUCCCUAACAAACUAUGGGUCCCGCGGUCAAAUGGACUUAUCGAACCCAAUGAUAUAAGCUGCACAACACAUUUGACAGAAUUACAAGACACGGAAUUCAAUGGAUCUCAUUCGCCUGUGUCAGAACAGGUUCCACAUUGCAAUAGAAAAAUGCAAUUUAACGGAAACAAAACAAAUGAUAAUAAUAAUCACAGACUGGAUUUAUUCCGGCUGAAGAAGAAACACCGAGAAGCGGACCGGAAACGGAAGGAUAAACUCGAAAUGAAGCGUGAACGCAAAGCCGCAAAAGUGCUCGGCAUAAUUACCGGUGCAUUUAUAGCUUGCUGGUUGCCGUUCUUUGUGCUUGCCGUGCUAGCCCCAUUUUGUGGCGAGCGAUGUAAUAUUCCUACAGUGGUGUUCAGUUUGUUUUUGUGGCUUGGAUACUUUAACUCCACGCUCAAUCCAAUACUGUACACCAUUUUCAAUCCAUCAUUCAGAAAGGCAUUUCAGAAAAUUAUAUAUGGAAAAUAUAGGGUCGUGGGCUAGCCCUGGCGCAAUUGAUUGUACAUUAGACGCAAACGAUAUAUUUGUUUUGUAAACAACACAACCAAUGCGGCGUCAAAACUGACAAACACAAAACCAAUGCGGCGUCAAAACUGACAAACACACAAACAUAUGAUGAAAUGCUUGUAUUAAGUAAUGGUGUUAUGCUCGAUGGAAAAUAUUCCCUUAUUGUUGUGACAGGAAACAAAUUGAGUUGUGCUGUUGUUGUUUUGUUAACUACAGAACAAUACGAUACAUGUGUGUAUGUUUUUCUAACAUCGCUUCCAUUGAUACAUCUAUAAGUAUCUGUAUAGGUUAUGUCUUGUUUCUAUCUAAAAAUGUACUACUUCGUGUGUUUUUUUUAAAUAUCGUUAUUAAAAGGUAUAUUAAUAAAUAUAAUGACCCUGACAUAUGUGCCUAAAGCUUUCUAUUGUAUAAUAUUUUCUGUUUGCUUAACUUUUAUAUUAAAAAUAGGCUUAAAAUUAAAAAAUAAUUUCUGUUUGAAAACAUUUUUAAAGUUAUUAAAUUAAAAUAUAUUUUUGUGUUUUGUUUCGAUAUUUCGAAUGAAUUGUUCAACUGCAAGGUACGUUUCUUUAUGUCUUUAUAUCAAGUUAUGAUAUUGUAAAAAGAUUCAUACAACAUUCACACCAUAAAGGUUGGUCAUUUGAAAAACAAAACUACGUGUUUAACACCCAUUUUCUUGUAUUGACAUGGGCGAUAAGUUUAACAAACAAGCGACCGCAAUCCAAUUUUUUUUGAAAACCGGAACACGCGUAAUUUUUAAAUAAAAUGUGUUAAGUUUAAUACAGAACUGUUUUAUACAGCGAUGUGUUUUAAACGGUAAUUUUUGAGAUGCUUGUUAAAUUCAUCCUUGCAAAAGUACGUUUACAUGUUGCAGUAUUCUCUUAAAAAAAUGUAAUGACUUAAAAAUAAUAUAUAUUGCCUGUAGCAUAUUCUAUUACAAAGUGUGUUCCAAAAAAUGUGCAAGUUACUUGGUAACAUAUUUUUAGUUCGUUGAAACAAUUCAAUCAAUAUAAAUGCAAACAAAACUAGAGGUCUAAAUAAAGCACAUGAACAAAGCUGAAUGACACUUUCCUUGCCAUGUGUCCAACCGUUAACCCAUUUAUGCCUAGCUUCUAGAAAAAAAUGCGGCGUCUCAUCGUGGUCUGCGCUGUUUGCUUUACGGAUUUUUUGUAAGAACUUUUCUAAAUAUAAAAAUGAAUAUACUAGACAUCUCUAAUUUUGGAAAUGAAUUGAUCCAAUAUAGAAAGAUGGGAAAGUCAUCUAGGCAUAAAUGGGUUAAUACACGUUUCUCUCAACCCUCUGCUUCGUUUGUGAACUAUGUUUCAACACACGCGCUUUGGUAGUUUUAUUGUUGAUAGUCAUGAUUGUACUUUUGUUCGUAUAUAUUUGAUUUUUAUUGUUGUUGGAUACAUUGCAUUGUUUGUUAAAGAUUGUUUUGUUCCCAUGUGUGACCACGCGCUCGUACUUUCUAAACACAUUACGGAAAUAAAACACACUGUGUUAUUGUA